CAUUUUCAGAUAAUAGAAUUUGAAAAAACAACAUACCAUACUAAUUAAUCACUCAAAUUCAGUUAUGGAUGCAUGCAAAUUGCAAUCGAGAAUUGUUAGUAGCCAAUUCAUAGAUAAAAAAGAAGCCACCAAAGACCGUUCUUCUGCUGUUGUUCAAGCUGUGAUUACUCGUGAAAAUUUUAAGGUUAAGUUCCCUCAAUUAAUCACUACUUAUACACCCUUGCUCCUACCCUUGAUAGAGAAGGAAAAUGAAGUUAUUGUAGAGACAGACAGUACCAAUUCUGCUGGAAAAUUUGGUAGGUUUGGUGGAACCUUUGUACCUGAGACACUUAUAAUGUCCUUGAAGCAGCUGGAAUCUGAGUUCAAAAAUGUUCUCGGUGAUCAACUUUUUCAGGAAGAGCUAACAACAGGAUUAAGAGACUAUGCUGGCAGAGAGACACCAUUAUACCAUGCUCAACGGUUGUCGGAGUAUUACAAAAGCAAGAAUGGUGGCAAAGGGCCAGAUAUAUACUUAAAAAGAGAGGAUCUCAACCACACAGGCUCUCACAAGAUGAACAAUUCUCUUGCACAAGCUAUGAUUGCCAAGCGCAUCGGUCGGAAAAGUGUAGUUACUGCCACCGGUUCCGGACAACACGGGCUUGCAACGGCUGCGGCGUGUGCAAAACUUGGUUUGGAGUGCACUGUCUUUAUGGCUGCAAAAGACAUGGACAGACAGUCAUCUAAUGCGCGGUUGAUGAAGUUGUUAGGAGCUAGGGUUGAAGGUGUUCAUGGAAGUUUCAAAGACGCAUCAUCAGAGGCGUUUCGCUAUUGGGUGGAGGAUUUGGAAAACAGCUACCACUUGACAGGUUCAGCGGUGGGACCGCACCCAUGUCCCACGAUGGUCCGUGAGUUUCAGUCAGUUAUUGGAAAAGAAACAAAGAAACAAGCAUUAGAAAAAUGGGGAGGAAAACCAGAUGUUAUUGUUGCAUAUGUUGGAACAGGAUCUAAUGCUUUGGGGAUCUUUCAUGAAUUUAUAUCAGACACUGAUGUGAGAUUGAUUGGAGUUGAAGCUGGUGGUUUAGGGUUAGAAAGUGGAAGACACUCUUCAACUUUAGCUAAAGGUGAAGUGGGUGUUUAUCAUGGUGCUAUCUCUUAUUUAUUACAAGAUGAUUAUGGACAAAUUAUUCAACCACAUUCCAUUGCAGCUGGAAUGGAAUACCCAGGAGUUGGUCCGGAGUUGAGUUUCCUCAAAGAAAGUGGACGCGCAGAAUUUUGCGUCGCAACUGAUGAAGAAGCUCUUGAUGCAUACGAGAGAUUAUGCAAGUUGGAGGGUAUAUUUCCAUCUCUGGAGGCCUCACAUGCAAUUGCUAUACUUGAUAAGUUGGUCCCUACUUUACCAAACGACAACAUUAAGGUUGUUGUAAAUUGUAGUGGGCGUGGAGAUAAAGAUGUAGAUAUACUCUUCAAUCAUAGAGUAGCACAAUAGCACACUAUGGAAAAUGACAUUAUACAACAUUGGUUCAUCGUAUAUGUUACUGUUUAAGAGUAAAUCAAAGUGGUCAUGUUAGUUGAAAAGUAGUUAAGCUACCUGUAAGCACAAAUUGAAUAUGUAUGUGCAAUGAUGCAUAUAUAUAAGUGUCAUAUUCAUGAAUAAAAUGGUCAAUUACAUUUUCUCAAAAA